UGGACUGCCCGGCAGGCAAGGAGAACCGUGACGGGGAAGACUUCUGCUCCCCCUGUCACAUCGGCUACUACAAGGACACUGAGGGGUCCACUCUCUGUGAACCGUGCGCCAUCUUUGACUCGAACCAGAUCCUCAUCUCGCCACAGGAGGGCGCCACGAGCGUCACCCAAUGCAAUAAGUUGGUCUGUCUCCCCGGCUACCACCCACAAGCGGCCCGCUGCGAGCCCUGUGACUAUGGCUUCUAUCAGCCGGACCGCUGGCAGGACGCCUGUAUACAGUGCCCGAACGGAACCACCACAUACCAGAAGGCAGCGGAUGACCCUGCGGCGCUGUCGGACAACGAGAAGGACACGAUCAUCAUCGCGGUCAUCACCACGCUCGUCGGACUCCUCUUCCUCAUCCUGCUCCUCGUCUGCAUCUGUGUCAUGGCCAGACGCAAACAAAGUAAUGGCAAGACGGCCUACACCUCGGAGUAUGACGAGCGAGCUAGCAUGGCCAGUCGCUCUCUCAAAGGUUUCGAGGACUACCCGACAUUCGCUGUGAACCCAGCCUUCUCCAACAAACCGCCGUCAAUUGUGGGAGGGCCUAGCAUGUCUCUGCCGGCUCACUCACUCAAGAUGUUCCAUAACCCCACCUAUAAUGGAGACGAAAGCAGCGACCCUGCUAUUUACAGAGCCUAACUACAGGAGAGGCCGGAGCACACACAGACAGACACACAGACAGACAGACUGACAGACACACAGACAGACAGACAGACAGACACACAGGCACACAGACAGACAGACAGACAGACAGACAGACAGACAGACAGACAGAAGUUUUGAGCUUCUAGUGUUGGGCAGAAUCAAAAGACAGACUUUAUUUUCAUGUGUCAGGCAGGUCAGGAGAGGCAUGUGCUCUGUUGGCAGAUUUUGGUUUAAUUAAGAAGAAAAUAGAUGGCACCUGCAACGUAUGUUCUAUUUAUAUACCGGUAGGUCAAAGAUGUACAGAAGGAGGUGAGAAGUGAUACUAGAGAGUGAAAUACAAAGAGAAGAGGGAGGAGAGAUGAGGGCGAUAGAUGUUUGAUAGGAAAGAAGGAGGAGAGAUAAGGACGAUAGAUGUUUGAUAGGAAA